AUCGUCUUUGGUUUGUCUAACCAUCAAAGAUGGCGGCGCUUGUGGGGCUGCGUGCAUGUUUCUCCGCCCUUCAGCUUUCUUCUCCAAGCCUCCUGCACAGCUCCUUCCGAUUGUGUGCUGUGCCUCUCAGUCGACGGACCUUUGCUGCAGAGGCUAAGAAGACAUACUCCCGAGACAAGCCCCAUGUAAACAUUGGCACAAUUGGCCAUGUUGAUCACGGCAAGACCACUCUGACUGCAGCCAUCACAAAAGUGCUCGCUGAAGCUGGUGGUGCUCACUACAAAAAGUAUGAAGACAUUGACAAUGCCCCCGAGGAGAAGGCGAGAGGGAUCACCAUUAACGCCUCUCACGUAGAAUACACCACAGCCAACAGACAUUACGCUCACACAGACUGCCCUGGUCAUGCUGACUACGUCAAGAACAUGAUUACAGGCACAGCUCAGAUGGACGGCUGCAUCCUGGUGGUGGCAGCCACCGACGGCCAGAUGCCUCAGACGCGCGAGCACCUCCUUUUGGCCCGGCAGAUCGGUGUUGAGCAUGUGGUGGUUUUCAUCAACAAGGCUGAUGCCGUGGAGGACAAGGAGAUGGUGGAGCUGGUGGAGAUUGAGAUCCGUGAGCUGCUCACAGAGUUUGGCUACGAUGGCGAGAACAUACCUGUUGUAAUAGGCUCCGCCCUCUGCGCCCUGGAGAACAGAGAGCCUGAACUGGGUGUGAAUGCAGUGAUGAAACUGUUGGAGAUUGCUGAUUCUUACAUCCCUCUGCCCAAGAGAGAGCUGGAGAAACCUUUCCUUCUGCCCAUUGAAGGGGUUUAUUCCAUCCCAGGCAGGGGGACAGUGGUGUCAGGCACAAUGGAGAGGGGUAUCAUCAAGAAGGGAGACGACUGUGAGUUUUUGGGUCACAAUCGCAGCUUCAAGUCUGUGGUUACAGGUAUCGAGAUGUUUCAUAAGUCUCUGGACCGGGCAGAGGCAGGAGAUAACCUGGGCGCUCUGGUCAGAGGCCUGAAGAGAGAGGAUGUGAGGAGGGGGAUGGUGAUGUGCAAACCAGGAUCCAUCAUGCCUCACCAGAAAGUCAAGGCCCAGGUGUAUGUUCUGAGUAAGGAGGAGGGAGGCAGACAUAAACCAUUUGUCUCCAACUUCAUGCCUGUCAUGUUCUCUCUGACCUGGGACAUGACCUGCAGAGUCACUCUGCCCGCCGACAAGGAAAUGGUGAUGCCAGGGGAGGACACUUCCUUGACUUUGACUCUCCGCCAGCCAAUGGUUCUAGAGAAAGGCCAGAGGUUCACCCUGAGAGACGGAAACAGAACCAUCGGUACCGGCCUGGUCACAGAAAUCCUGACUUUUACAGAUGAAGACCACUGCAACUGGGGCUGAUGGGGGAACUCUGAAGAGAGAGCUGGGGCCUGAGUGGGGGGUGAGUGGGGGCUGAGUCCGGGGUGGGGGGUAGUCUGUGUCCAGUCAAAUGAAUUCAUUCUAGAAAAAUACAAAUACACAAACCCAUGCACAGGAAGAGGAGAGGACUCGAAAGAAUGCAUGGUUCUGUUGUUCAGUUCCACCCAAACAAAAUACUUAUGUAACACAGUCUCUGUGUUUUAAGACCAGACUGUGAAAUUAUGUCAUUUAUGUAAUAAAAUGUAUUUAAUAAUAAAAAUGCCUCCUUUGUUUUGUGGGUAUUGCUAACCAGGUGAUUCCCCAAAAUGGAAAAAAAAAUUACAACUGCUUGCUGCUGCAUGUUAUAACCUGUAUAUACCACACGAGGUCAGCAAAGAGAAGCUUCAAGAGCCUCUUUCCAGGUCUGUGGCAGUAGUUAUGUCAAAAUGAUUAUUAUUAGUUAUUUGGGCUCUAGAAGUUGUGCUUCUCUGCUGUUGAACAGUGUUGCAUGUCCUUGGGAGGGAGAAUUCUCAGUUUUUCAGACUCAGCUCCUGAACAAGAAAGAUCUGUGUAUGUAUGCCUGUACAGAAGAUAAGAAAUUACUCAUCAGGGUUUAAAAGACAAUGAGCUAGAUUCCACAUUGAAAAUCAUCCAAAGUCGCAUCACAGUGGU